AGAGCGGUCAUAAAGGCAGCUGAGCUGAACUAUAGUGAGAGAGUACCACAGUGAGCGCACGAGAGAGGGAAUAAAGUCAGUGCCUGUCUGACUCUCAACCAGCAGUUCAAGGUUAAUGGUCCUACAAUAAACUAAGAUCAUGAAGUGCUUGGAACUGCUGCUGCUGCCCUUACUGCUGCUUGUAAGAGAUAUAAGUACUCAGUGGACUGUAUGGAUGCCCAGGGAUAUUUCAGCCAUGACUAACUCUUGUGUGGUGAUUCCAUGCACGUUCACAUACCCCUCUGGUGUCAGGCCUUACCGAGGCACCCAUGGUAUCUGGUACUUUGGCCAGCCAUACCCACAACUCUUCCCUCCAGUGGUUUAUAAGUCUCGCACGGAAAUUGUGCAUGAAAGCUACAAAGGGCGGACCAAGCUCCUGGGUGACUUAUCGCAGAAAAACUGCACAUUGCAGAUCAACAAUGUUGGAACUGAACAUUCAGGGAGGUACUACUUCAGAGCAGAUCUAGGAGGAGCAAACAUCUACACCUACCCAGAUUUCACUGAGCUCAAAGUCUUGGAUCAGCCCAACAUUGACGUGCCAGCAGAGAUCAUCAGUGAUAUGAGCUUGGACUUGACAUGCUAUGCGCCGGACAACUGCCCAGACAUGAUCCCAGAGAUCCACUGGAUGUACACAGACUACCUGCCUGAGCCUCUCUUCACCUCAGACUAUGUGGAGGACAGCAACACUGCAGUGCUGGCCAGCACGCUCACCUUCACGCCAAGACCUAUUCAUAAUGGCCAGCUGCUGGGCUGCAGGGUUCACUACCCCAACACAAGCUUUGUCUACGAGCGCCUCAUCUCUCUGGACAUCAAGUAUCCCCCUCGCACAGUGUGGGUGAACGUAUCCCAGGAGGUCAUGGAGGGAAGUUCGGUUAUACUGCACUGCGAUGUGGACAGCAACCCUGUGCCACGGAUUUCCUGGCUUUUUGGAGAUGAAGAGUUGAUGUCAGACACCGCCUCAAAUGCUUCGCUUUAUCUGGAGUCUCUGACUCCUGAGAAGGAGGGCGUAUACACCUGUGUUGGGGACAAUGGCUAUGGAAUCAUGAACACCUCAAUGUAUCUGGCUGUAAAGUAUCCCCCGAGGGAGCCAUGGGUGAAUGGUUCUCUGACGGUGCAGGAGGGCUCCUCUCUAGCUCUCCACUGCACCACUCAGGGCAGUCCUGCACCCACACUUACCUGGCUAAAGGAUGGGGAGUUGGUGGGAACUAUAACAGCUGAUGAGGUGUCCAUACUGGAACUGCUGGAGAUCACGCCGCAGGUCGAUGGCACUUACCGCUGCCUGGCCGAGAACGAACAUGGCCGUGCCAGCAGCUCUGUAAACGUCACUGUGGAGUUUGCCCCCAUUCUACUGGAAGAUUCCAAGUGCACUAUAGUACGAGAGGGAGUACAGUGUGUCUGCAUGGCAUCAGGGAACCCUGAGCCCUCCAUUGAGUUCUACCUGCCUGACCUCAACAUCACCAUUAAUGAGACAAAUGGCCGAUUUAACUACUACACACAUUCAGAUGGCUACACGUCGACUGGCAUGAUCAAACUGCGGGAAAAGGGGGAAAGGGGGAACAAUGGUGGCACAGCUGUUCAUGUGCACUGUAGCAUCAGCAACAUAUAUGGCAAUAAGACUAUCCGGCUAGAGCUGCAGCAAGAGAAAAAGUACAUGAUGGCUGUGAUAGUGGGAACCAUUGGAGGAGUGGCAGUCAUCGCUUUUAUCAUUGCAGCUGUAAGAUACGUGGGCCAAAACAACAAAAAAGAGAAUGGCAACCCUGGGCAGGACGUGGGAUCUAAAGUGGAGAAUCCCUCCAUGUUCUACAGCGCAGUCAAGAAGGACAAACAAAGUCUCAGGAAAAAAGUGCUUAAGACUGAGCUGCUGGGCUCUAAGUUUAAUUCCAUCCUAGAGGAGAGCACGGGAGACGACGGUGAUUACCAGUCUGUUGGCUCGAUGGCAGGCCUGGAGAGGCAAGAGCUGAACUACGCAGCCCUGGAAUUCGUACGAGGGCGCCCUCGCGAGGGAGGUUUAAGGAGGGGGGAUGACGGCAGUGACUACACAGAGAUCAAAGCCAAAUGAAUCGCGAUCCUUCCCUGAAGCCUCGACCAAAAGGGAUAUAGUGGCCACUAGGGCCAUGUCAAUUCCUCCUCCCAAUUUGUUUGCAAAUCAGCCUUUUCCCUCCCCUUUUACUUACUCCAAAUUUACCAUAGCCAUAAUUCCUUUGGCUGGAGCUGCCUGUAGCAAUGUCCUAUUCAUCAGAUUUCCUCCUUUUUUGUUUUGACAUGUUUUCUGCUUCAGCCCUUAGCUGCAACCAUAUAAGAUUUUCAGCGGUAGACCCCAUUGUGAAAGUUACAUAUUAAGGUUUUUUGGAAGUGCAUUAUAUUGAAAACUCAAGGGACAAGCAUGCUGAUUGGUUGCAGCCCAGGGCCCACAUUCAUAAAGCUUCUCAGAGUAGGAGUGCUGAUAUAGGAUCUGUUCCUGACUGUAAAGACAUAGUAACUAAAAGAGGAAUCUGAUCCUAGAUCAGUGCUUCUAGUCUGAGAAGGCCCAGAUCUACACUCCUAAAAAAAUGGUGCCAGAAAGGGUUCUUUGGAGUGAUGCCAUAGAAGAACCACUUUUGGUUCCGUAAAGAAUCUUUCAAGUGAUGGCUAUUUAAAGAACCUUUUUUUUUGGAAAUGAGAUGUUUAAGUGUGAAGAACCUCCACAUAAUGUAAACGUUCUAACCAUAUGACCAAGCCAAGAACUAUUUAGGAACCUUUAUUUUUAAGGGUGUUUUCCACUGGUGGUUCAACACUGUGUCCUCAGCAAGCCGAAGCGUCAGGGAACGAGACAGUAUAUCUCAAUGUUCUAGCACUACCCCCAACUGGGGGUUUGCAGACAGAAUGUUUUUGCUAAUCCAGAGGGUUUCUCCUCCACUUCCUAAGUGUACCAGAUUAUACACUUAAUGCAAUACGCAUUGAGUGGUUCUCUGACAUUGUGCCCUAAAGUGAUUGUUUAAGUGUCUUUGGGUUUCCACUGCAGAUAUUAACUGAUAACGAAAUUGUUUCCCCAUGUGAGCAACUGAGCAGGAACCAAUUUCUUGGAAGAUGGUUAGCAGAACAGCUGUCAAAGUUUUGGGUUGUUUUAUUCUUUACCAUUUCACAGUGGAACAGAAGCUUCUUUAGUUCGCUUAUGACAAAAUGACACAUGACAUGCGCUCUUAGAAAAGGUCCUUAGAAAAGAUGGUGGGCCCUUUGAGGGAAAAUGUUCGACUGCUUGAAGUACGAUUUCAAAAAAGCGAGGUAGUCAUAGGCUCAAGGACCUUUCUAAGACUGUAAAUGUAAGACAAAUGGCAGAAAAAACUAACACUUUGAGUGAAGUGGACUGUUACGGCCCUUCUUUUGCCGACAUAUCAUUACGUGUUGUCCUACGUUCAUAUGCUGAACAGACUCAGCCCUCAACUUUUCACAGUUCUGAAAAAAAUAACAUUGACAGAAAGUUAUAAGAACUUUACAUUCUAUGACUGGAUAUGGAAGUAACAAAAUAUAGGUCAAACCAACCAGUAUAGCAGAAUGCAAUUCAACAGGUCGAAGUAGAUAUCUGAAGCAAAGAGUCAUAUGAGAACCAUUAAAUAAACACACAUUGCUAGACAAAAAAAAGAAGCAUCAUGCAGAAAAGUAUCACUUUACCCAAUGGUGCUUUCAGUAAAUGUAUAUUUAUUAUUCUUAAAAACUCUAUUGAGGUUGUAUCAGAUUAAUUAGAAUAAGUUAUAUUGAUGUACAAUGUAUGUACAUAUCUCAAAUCUCAAAACUCAUACAACUUGAUAUUACUAACACUGUAACACAUAGAAUGACUUACCUUACAUUCAUAUUCAUUAAAGGCACCUUGGUUGGUAACGGGAUACUGUAAAGUGUAAAUAUGUAUCUGCUUUUUGUUGUGAAUCCUUGAAAACACAUUAAAGACGAUAUACUUGCUCAAUGUUUUUCAGGAUUUCCAGCACAAAAUGACAUUAAAUAUGCAAUUAGUAACAAUGAUUGUCCUUAUUUAAGAACACAAACAAAUGCUUCACAAUAUUUUAUUUAUUUGUAAACAUAAACGUUACAAGACAGUUUUGUUAGUGCAGUCUAAUUUUUCCUCUUGUUGUAUUGACAUUUGUAAGCAUCUGACUGUGUGACGAUGAUAACGUUGAAAAUAUUUUUUUCUUUAUUUACGUAAUAAUUCAGACAGGAACUCUGCAAUCUUUGUAUGAAAAAAAGCAUUGUUCAGAGCUAAUCAUGUAUUUGAUGUUUUGCUUGUUAUCUUUUUGUUAAAAAACCUUUUCAUCCUCAAUGCCAUCUUCCUUAAAGCAAAAAAAUAAAGUGAAAUGAGAAG